GGGAGGGAUCUCAGAUGCCCAGAGGCCACGCGGCGACGAAAGGCGCUUGACGCCUUGCGAGCGUCGUCGGAGGAGCUGCGUUGUGAACGUCAGUGGUAUCGCAGCCAUAGAGUUUACCUUCCCUGCCCGGCCACUGGCGAGCCGCCACGUGGUCGAGGCGCAGAGUGCGCAGCGCGAGCGUCGACAGUCCCAGCGCCGGGCCAAGGGGCAGCGAUCUCGUUGCUCGCUCAAUAAGGACUGCCUCCGUCGACUGAGAGCUCGGAGUUGUGAAGAAGAGUGCGGGAGACAGUCCUCCUCCUGAUCGAACACCAGCAACACUCGACUCGUUCGGAGGAUUUGCCGCUGCUGCUGCUGCUUCUGGAUCCGAUCUCGUCUCUUUCCCAUGGCUGCUACAUCCUCCUCUGCUGUGUCGGCCCUCGGCUCUGCCGCUGUGAGAUGGACAUCCCGCUGCAUUUUUGCUCUUGCCGAUAAUAGGUGCACCUGGACUUUCGUUCCUCAAAGGCAGUUGUCAGGCUUGACUAGCGCAGGCGUAUCUGGUCAAAAGGUGGUCAGCACUACCUCGUUUGUGAAAAGGCAGUUCUCAGGCUUGAGAGGCGCUGCCUUCCCUGGCCAAAAAGUUGUCAGCACGCCCUUAUUUGUGAAGUCGAACUCGAGAACGACAAUGACGUUGGCAGCAGGAGUAUCGAAAUUCGAGGCCGUGACAAUGGCACCGCCUGAUCCAAUUUUGGGUGUCUCUGAAGCAUUCAGGGCAGACACCAGUGAUGCCAAGCUGAACCUUGGUGUCGGCGCCUACCGUACCGAGGAACUGCAGCCACUAGUAUUGAACGUUGUCAAAAAGGCAGAAAAGAAGAUGCUGGAGUCUGGCGAAAACAAAGAGUACCUUCCAAUUGAGGGUCUUGCCGCCUUUAACAAAGCCACAGCGGAACUUCUACUGGGUGCCGAUUCUCCUGCCAUUAAGGAAGGACGGGUAGCAACUGUGCAAGGGCUCUCUGGCACUGGCUCUCUCCGUCUUGGUGCUGCGUUCAUUCAGCGAUACUUUCCUGGUGCCAAGGUUUUGAUCUCAUCACCAACAUGGGGAAAUCACAAGAAUAUUUUCAACGACGCUGGUGUGCCAUGGUCGGAGUACCGUUACUUUGAGCCGAAAACCGUGGGGCUUGAUUUUGAAGGAAUGAUGGCAGAUAUCAAGGACGCUCCCAGUGGCUCGUUCAUCCUUCUGCACGGUUGUGCCCACAACCCAACGGGAAUUGACCCAACGCCAGAGCAAUGGGAGAAAAUCGCCGACCUUAUUGAGGAGAAAGGACACAUGGCCUUUUUCGACGUCGCAUACCAGGGUUUUGCAAGCGGGAGCCUUGAUCAAGACGCCGACUCCGUCAGACUCUUUGUGAAGCGUGGACUUGAGAUUUUGGUCGCACAAUCUUACAGCAAGAAUUUGGGUCUGUAUGCUGAGCGAAUCGGAGCUAUCAAUGCGGUUGUGCACUCUUCGGAUGUUGCUGUCAGGGUUAAGAGUCAGUUGAAGAGACUGGCAAGGCCAAUGUACUCGAAUCCACCUGUUCACGGUGCGAAAAUUGUUGCAAACGUCGUUGGAGAUGCCGCACUUUUCGAUGAAUGGAGAGCCGAGAUGGAAAUGAUGGCUGGACGCAUCAAAACCGUCAGACAAAGACUGUAUGACGAUCUCUCAACCAAGGACAAGAGCGGCAAAGAUUGGUCAUUUGUGCUCAAGCAAAUUGGCAUGUUUUCUUUCACUGGUCUCAACAGGGCGCAGAGUGACAAUAUGUCGGACAAGUGGCACGUGUACAUGACCAAGGAUGGUCGUAUUUCCUUGGCUGGACUUUCUCUGGCUAAGUGCAGUUAUCUUGCUGAUGCUAUUAUCGACUCGUACUACAAUGUGCAAUAAGUCAGUGAGAUUGGAGUCACGAUCAAAAGGCGGCCAUUGGUCCAGUUUUGCCCUACUUCCCCCUCGCGUAAUACAGCAUCGAAGGAUGGUGGGUUUCACAAAUGAUGGGUGAAUUGCCCUUAUAGUCGGAGCUAAAAGUCCGGGUUACCCACAUUCAGAGUAUCGAGUUUGGUCAGGGAUGCUUUGUUUCUCUCCUCUUUUCAUUAAAACAUGUAGAAUACUACGGCAACGAUAUCUGUUGAAAGAUUCAUCAGGAAAAUUUUCUCGACAACCUAAUAAAGACUGAGUUUAGCUGCCAAUCUCUC